CGCACUUCCUUAGCAACGUGUAUCUGAACCAGGAAGUACUUUUGUAUGCUCUGGCUAGCUAGCUGUUGUUAGCACAGAGGAGUGAAAGUGUGUGACAGCAAAGUUUGCCUCACUUACAUUUAUGAGUCCAGCUGCCGUUUAUGUGUGUUAAACACGUGUCGGGUAACGUCGCGGUUAGCACGCAGUUCUGUCGCUGGUAGGAGCGGAGUGAAAAUUGUGUGCCGUGAAAAUGAUUUCCUUACCACUGUCUGAUAGGCAAUGAUAGGCUUGUCAAGUUAUGCAGGGGUUAUGGAAAGUCUAAUGAAUUCUGCUGAAGAGCAGCAACCCCCCUCUCCCCUGGCCAACUCAUGGUCCAAAAAACAAGAAUCAAGCAAGAAUCAAAAGCCAAAAGUUGUUGGUGGAUUUGUUUUAGUGCAUGCAGGAGCAGGUUACCAUUCUGAAUCUAAAGCCAAGGAGUACAAGCAUGUGUGCAAAAGAGCCUGCCAGCGAGCUGUGGACCGGCUCAAGGCUGGUGCACUUGCAGUGGAAGCUGUGGCUGCAGCACUGAUUGAGCUUGAGGACUCUCCUUUUACAAAUGCUGGAAUGGGCUCCAACCUUAAUUUGUCAGGGGAGAUUGAGUGUGAUGCUAGUAUCAUGGAUGGGAAGUCACUGCAAUAUGGCGCCGUAGGGGCUAUUAGUGGUAUUAAGAACCCAGUCUUAGUUGCAAAUCGUCUACUGAGUGAAGCACAGAGAGGGAAACUAUCAGCUGGCAGAAUACCCCCCUGCUUUUUAGUGGGGCGAGGAGCGCAUGAUUGGGCAGUCAGCCAUGGAAUAUCACCAUGUCCUUCAGAGAAAAUGGCCACCAAAUUCAGUUUAUCUGCAUACAAGAGGAACAAGCGAAAGAUGGAGCUUGCAGAAAAAAUUGACACAGGAUAUAAUCAGAGAAAGAAAAGACGACAAUCAAGUGAAACUGAAAACGGUUCAGGGUGCCUCGACACAGUUGGAGCCGUUGUGGUAGACCUGGAAGGGAAUGUAGCUGCAGCGGUGUCCAGUGGAGGCCUGGCCAUGAAACAUCCUGGCAGGGUUGGCCAGGCUGCUCAUUAUGGAUGUGGCUGCUGGGCUGAAAACGCCUGUAAUAUGAAUCCUUACUCUACAGCAGUGAGUACCUCAGGCUGUGGAGAGCAUCUGAUGCGCACCAUGCUGGCACGGGAAUGUUCUGCUGCCAUGCAGUCUGAAGAUGCCCACCAAGCGCUGCUGGAGGCUAUGCAAACUAAGUUCAUCAGCUCACCCUUUCUGGCCAGCGAAGAUCGCGUAUUGGGUGGAGUAAUUGUCUUGCGCUGCUGCAGAUGUGCGGAAGCUCCGCCAUCUCAAAAUAUUCAGGGUAUACUGGUGGAGUUCCUAUGGAGUCACACCACAGAGAGCAUGUGUGUUGGCUACAUGUCUGCCCAAGAUAGCAAAGCAAAGACACACAUAUCCAGAUUACCACCUGGGACUGUUCCUGGACAGUGUUUGGCCAUCGAGGGAGGUGUGUGUCGACUGAUGAGUGUAGUGGAGUGAGCUGCAUUUAACCUCCUUUAGGCUUCUUCAGCAAUACUCCAAUAUAAACCCUUCCACCCACCACCCACAAAAACAAACACACCACAUGCACCACACGCACCUCCCCAGUACUCUUGUGAUGCAAGAAGUGAUAAGCUUUAGCUGUUUUAACAGGUGCCCGGGAAGAAGGAAGCAGUGUUAGCUUCUACUUAGUGCACUUACAGGACUUCCCUUUGCUACCGUCUGCCUCCAGCAUGUACUCUAUGCCAACUUACCCCCCUGCUGUCCAGUGUCACCUGGAUUAGACUUGACCCACCAUUGCCUUGAUGUACCUUUUCUUCCUUUGUUACUCUUUUCCAACUAAAAGUGGCAUUCUUCCUUUUGUAUAUAAGCUAUGAUUUAGGAAAACAGGGUGGAUGUUCAUGUGGUUUUGUUUUGUUGAACAGAUGUGACUAUUUUCAAAUAUUUAGGAAUUUCAAAUUCAAGAUGUUACUUUGUUCUUACAAACACAAGUCAAAAAAAGAUGUCAGGUGAGACCCUGUGGAAUGCCUACUUCUCAAGAUAAUUGUUAUGAAUGAAGCAUUUAUAGCUAUGUGAGCUGAACAGCGAUGAUAAAAGCUAUUUACAAUGUUAACACGUACAGAUCAACUUCAUGUGCUCGUACAAAUAUAUUGUCAUUAAUCCUCCAGCGUACCAUAUAAUGUAGCAUAACAUGCAUCGUAGAUGCCCAUGACUUUUAUGACCAUUUCAGCCAUAGAAUGCUUUGCUUUGAUUGUUUGGAAAUGUGAAUACAUAAAUAUUGCAUGUACAAAAUCUGCAGUAAGCCACUUAAACUCUUACACAGACGCAGAGUUUAUCAAGAGGCAGGAAGCUAUGCACUUCCAGAGUGAUGCUGAUACACACACACAUAUAUAUAUAUAUAAAUAGUGCUCAGGUAGCAGCAUUUGAUCUCACCACCAAUCAUGACUGUUAGUCCUCAUUUAAAAGUUGCAGUUUAUAUUUCUAUAGUUACAUAGACAGAGCCGUGUAUUUUCUUGCUAAAAAGAGGACAGGUAAAAACUCAUUUGUAUGCAUCAAGCCCAUGAAAUGGUGCUUUUGAGAAUUGUACUUGAAAGGUGUAAAGGUCUAAAUUCUUUUAGAUUAUCGGUUCCUCUGGUUUUGCUGUUUCACUUAGCCACUGCUAAGAAUUCCAGUCUCAACAAAACCGUAAUAGAGCUUGUUUAUUCUUUACUUGAAAAUGCAUCUAAUAUAAAAUGGUAUAAGCUAUUGAAAUGGUAAUAUGUGUACAGCUCUCCACAAUGCUCAAAAAGUAAAUAAAAUCUAUGUUGCUACA